AUGCGUGUGUUGCCGCGACCUGGAUCUCGAUGGCCGCCAUGUUACCUGGUGCUGUUUUCGUUCGGGAGGGCUUGGCUGCCCAGCCUCACGAAAGUAAUCCCUCGGGCUGAGCAGUCGAUGAUACGCCUGGCCACUGCCGCCCUUGGGAAGGAUGAUGCUUCUCGUGUUCUCCUUGACCGGCUCGAAUCUUUGGCAGCCUUGCCAGAUGUGGCGCGGGUCGUUCUAAUAUUCCGCCACGGCGAGAAAGAGACAGCGCGUUGUGACGCGGCUGACUUGCCGGACGAGGCUUUCUGGAGGGCCGCGCGUGAGGCAGCGCUCACGGCCACGGGCGAGCAGCAGGCCGCAGACUUCGGGGAGCGCCUGCGCCGCGCCAAAGGGCUUCGCUGCGUGGAGCUGCUCAGCAGCGAGGUGCCCAGGUGCAUGGCGACGGCCGAAGCGGUGGCGCGAGGCGCAGCCUGUGGCCUCACCAUACGGCCAGUGGCUGCUUGGAUGAACGCAACCCACCGACCUGGAGAAGAGAAGGCAGCAGCAGAUGAGAUGAAAGCUGUUGGCUGGCAAGACAUCUUGCAAAGGCUGUCAUGUGGCAAGCAAGUUGAUGGAUACCUUCCUUUGCAUCAAGCUGUUGAGAGACUGAGAGGCACUUGUGGUUUUUCCAGUGCCAAGAAGAAUGGACAGCCGCUUGAUUUGGUGCUAGUUUGCACCCACGACGUGCUGCUCUACGCUUUGGCGUCCUUUUUCCAGUCCAAUCCAAAGGCGCCUGACUUUCUAGAGGCGGCUUUGUGGUGGCAAGACGGCCGGGAGCAUUUCUUUUACGACGGACAGGAAGUGACCUCUGCCCUGCCUUGA